AUGUCGGAACACGCUGAUGAAGACACUCGAAAAGAGGGGAAAGAUAGACAAUUGAGACACAAGACAUUAUCAGCUUAUUAUCCCGUAUUGUACACCCUAUCAGCCUUGCUCACCACGACUAUCACGUAUGCCGACACCGAUCGACCAAUAUCCAAACCUAAUGAUCCAAUACCGUACAAGAACCUUUUGGACAGUUCGAUAUGCGCAUAUAGAAGUAAAGAACAAAAAGGGCAGCUGGAAGAAAAAUUGAAGGGAUGUAAGAGAUCCAGUGGACUAUCUCAGCAGGAAUCGAUUAAUUGCGUCUUAAGAGAUUUAUCGAGGAAUGGAGAAAAGAAUGUAUUGAUCAGUGGAAAUAGAUUCCCCUCAGUUGAAUUACCCAUUAACAUUUCACGGCCACAUGUCGAAAACAGACAUGUGAAUUGUCCGAGUAGCGUUUUGAGGGGUAUGGAGUGGAAAUUACUAAGAUCAAGAAUCGGAGAUGAAGCUUUUAGACUAAUUUUGAUUCACGCGUCGCUCUUCUUACCUGUGGGGAAUAAUUGUUUUAUCCAAUUGAGUGGAAUACCGAUAUAUGAUCUAUAUGAUCAUUCCAAGAUCGCUCAACAUCAUCCUCAUCCUCAUCCUCAAACUGAAAAUGAUGGAUCAGAUACCAAUCCAAAUCUGGGUGAACCAUGUGGACAUAACAAGAGGAAAAGGAAGAGGAAGAGCUCAAAGGAUGACGUCGAGAAAGCAGGGAAAUGCCCCAAGAAAGCUAGAAGCGCUCUAGCGGAAAUACAGAUCCCCAGACAGAGGAUGUACUACGGUCAUAUAUCUAGGACUUCCAAUGGUAGAAUGGUACAUGGAUUACCGCGUUCCCAUACACUCCAUAAACUCUCCCAGACGGUUGGAGAACCAUCCAAAGAGUACCUUGAAUUUGCUCAACAGGUACUACCUUCGUUGUUCCGACCACGUUCAUCAGGGGAUGACGAGCUACCGAAAGUACGAGGUAACGUAAAGCGACUGGAGGGUGUGCUGGGCAUGAUGAGAGAACUGGUGGUCAGGUAUAGAAAGAUCGAUUUUAGGGAUUCCUUAAGGAGAUGUAAGGAUACUGAAUCGUCUCUCCUUAUCAGAAAUGAGGAUGAAUCCUCUGAGAGAGACAAGAGGUUACCGAUAACCCAGGUGAUACCCAGUACCCCUUUAACUCUGGUCAAAACCGAUAAUAUUAAAAAUGCAAAUGGGAACGACCCCCUCCCUCCCAUACUGGCGGCGGUACCUCAUGGCCAGGUCUGCCGUUAUGUCACUAUGGUCUUUCGGAGUCUGUUCUCCAUAGAUAUCAUGGGUAGCCAACACAAUCUCGAUACCAUCCUAUCCCAUGCACGACGAAUUGUCAAAGCUAAACAAUACGAACCUGUAAGCCUGCAUACGGUGUUCCAAGGAAUACAGAUGAACGAUGUUCAAUGGGUUAUCAACGAUCCCAAAAACACUCAGCGUGUAAACGUGACUGAAGCUGAGAAAAGGAGAAACUUGGUGGUCGAUUUUGUUCAUUGGAUAUUUUCGGAAUUCUUGAUACCUUUACUUCGAAAUACUUUUUACAUCACCGAGACGUCUACGACUCGAUAUCAAACUGUCUAUUAUACGCAUGAAGAUUGGUUGAGAGCUACGAAACCUCAUUUGGAAGUGUUGAAAGAUGAUUUAUUAGUUGAGCUGAACAAGACCGAAUCGUAUUUCGCUCAACAAGGACCACUGGGCGUAUCCGCAGUAAGACUAAUACCGAAGCCUAAGGGAUUCCGACCUAUCGUUAAUCUAGGGAAGAAAAUCAAAUCACAAAGUCCAUUGGGUAUACCAAUACCUGGAUUUGGGAAGAAGGAGUUGACCGCGAAUCAGAUUCUGAAAGGUGUCCAUCAAGUGUUGACCUUUGAGAAGGAUCGACACAGAGCCUCGUUGGGAGCAUCCCUGUUCGGUACUAAUGAAAUAUUCUCGCCACUACAGACUCUGAAAUCUGAAUUGAUUACCAAGCAUGGCAAGAUACCUAAAUUAUAUUUUGUCAAGAUGGAUAUAAAAGCCGCGUUCGAUACGAUAAAACAAGAUAAGAUGAUUCAGGUAGUAUCAGAUCUACUGGAUCAAAACCACGAUUACUGUCUUAUGCUAUAUUGUCUUCUCUUACCUCCCGCGAGUAAAGCUUCUCAAGGAGCUUCAAGGAGGUUAUUCAAGUCCAGAGCUGUGGUUGAUGCCCACAUAGCGUCGUCAUUUGGUGAACAUGCUCAGGAAAUUGCGGAGCCUCUUAGAAAUGCUGUGAUUGUUUAUCUUGUUCGACGUAAACAGAUUACAAAGGAGUCAUGCUUGGAGCUUCUGAAAAUUCAUAUCCAGAAUAACGUCUGGCAGGUCGGAACGAAGUUGUACAAGCAGAAGACCGGAAUACCUCAAGGAUCCAAAAUAUCUUCAUUAUUAUGUUCCUUCUUCUAUGCUUGUUUGGAGAAUGAUCAUUUGAGAUUCACAAGACAGGAAGGGUCGCGUCUCUUACGAUACAUCGACGAUUUUCUGUUUAUUACCGACUCGAUCUCCCUGGCACGCAAAUUCGUAGAUACCAUGUCUAAAGGGUUUCCUACGUAUGGAGCAGAGAUAUCAAUGACUAAAACACUCUUAUCGUUUGAGAGUGAAUCGAAUGGUCAGAUGGGGAAUGUAGUGGGAGUCAAUCCUGAUGGAGAGAUAUUAUUCCCAUAUUGUGGGUUUCUUUUGAAUAUAAGGACGUUGGAUGUGAUGAGUGAUUAUCCGAGAUUGAUCUCGGGACCAAUCAAACAAUCUUUCUCCCUCCGUUCGGACAGACAUAGAGGUUCAGCCUUUGUGUGUUGGUACAGCCGUCAAUUGGAAAAUAGAAAUCAUGUGGCCUAUCUCGAUACGAUACAUAACAAGAUUGAUACAGUCCAUUUUAACAUUUUCAACAAUUUCGCAUUGACAAGUAUGAAAAUUCCUUUCUAUUUCCGGUCGGACGAUUUGACAGGGAUUAGCGUGAGGAGGGAACAGAUGAUUGCGGAUGCGCUGAUUUCUUCGAUCGAAUAUACCUAUCUGGCUGGAAGAGCUAGAGUGAUACAUUCAAGUAGGAAUGAUGAAGAUAAAAAUAAAAAUCACUAUGGAGUGAAGAGAUUAGAUUUCUUCUUUUUGGCUAUCAAUGCUAUUGUCGGAGUAUUAGAGCGAAAACCAAGAUUAAGAGGGAUCGUCCAUUUACUUAAAUCGCAAAUGGAACAUAAAAAGUAUCGUAGAUCGUAUAAGAAUAAGAAUUUGAAAGAGGUGCGGGAUAGAGGAUGGGAAGCUGUCAAGGAUGCAAAGUAUUGA